AUCAUCGGUAUUGGCACCGAUGUUUCUCCACCUCUUCGAAACCGACAAUUAGUAAAUAAUAUAAUAUAAACCGGAAUACGAGGUGACAAUGCUGCAGCAAAUCAAGAUGCUGGUGCUGGGCAUCAUCACGCUGUGCCGGCGUGCCUUGUGCUGCUUCUCCAGGCGCCGCAAGCUGAGCCACAGCGGCUCCUCCUCGGGAAACGGGGACCAACUGCAGGCGGUCAAUGUGAUUGUGGAGCGGGGAGAGUUCUCUGCCGCCGCCGCCUCCUCCGCCGGAAAUCCCACGGGUCCGGGUGGCAGGCCGUCCGGAGCGAGGGAACGGGACUGGAACUCCUGGGACGACAGUCCGCGCACCGUGGAGGAGCACAUCGAGCAGUACCGCCAGCGGAUGGCCCAGCCACCCACUCCGCCCAAGGAGGAACCUGAGCCGGACUUCUUCAGUGAGCUGGCGCCAACCAUAAAGCCCCAGAUGAAGUACUACCUGGAGGAUCCGUCCGCGAGUGCGUCCGCCAGCCAGCCAACUGACUUCUCAAGACUGCAGGCCCAGGAUCUGGUGCCCAUUAGCGAUAAUGCCGAUCUCGAGGACUGGGUGGAUGACAAUGCCGGUGGCUGGGAGGAGCUGGACACCUCCCAGACCAAGCAGAUCCUGCGGGAAAAGCGGCGGGAGCUGCGUCACCAGCGGCAGCCCGCUGCCCGACCAGCCCCGCCCACUGUGGGCGCUCAGCGGCUGACAGACGGACAACGUGCGGCGUAGUUAAAGCUGCACCAC